GCGUGGGGGCGGACCUCGGCGCGCUCCCGGCCGCUCGCUGGGCUCUGGGGCCGCGGCGGCUCCUCUGCCGGGUCGCGCCGGAGGACGGGCUUCGGGCGGCGGCUUGGGCGGCCUGCGGAGCGAGCGGGUGGGCCGAGCCGCAGGGCCCCGCGCCUGCCAUCUGCUGAGCCCGGUCGCGCGGGGCGCGCGCCAUGGCCGCCUCGCCGGGCUCGGGCAGCGCCAACCCGCGGAAGUUCAGCGAGAAGAUCGCGCUGCACACGCAGCGGCAGGCCGAGGAGACGCGGGCCUUCGAGCAGCUCAUGACCGACCUCACCCUGUCGCGGGUUCAGUUUCAGAAGCUUCAGCAGCUGCGCCUGACCCAGUACCACGGGGGAUCCCUGCCUAACGUGAGCCAGCUGCGGAACAGCACCCCCGAGUUCCAGCCGACAUUUCAUCCAGCUGAUAAUGUUCGCGGAACCCGCCACCAUGGGCUGGUGGAGAGGCCAGCCCGGAACCGCUUCCACCCCCUUCACCGAAGGUCUGGGGAGAAGCCAGGGAGACAAUUUGAUGGGAAUACUUUUGCAGCCAGUUAUCCUUCGCAGGCCCUGGAUGAGAGCUGGCCAAGGCAGCAGCCUCCUUGGAAAGAAGAAAAGCAUCCUGGAUUCAGGCUGACGUCUGCACUUAACAGGACCAAUUCUGAUUCUGCUCUUCAUACGAGUGCUCUGAGCACCAAGCCCCAGGACCCCUAUGGAGGAGGUGGCCAGUCACCCUGGCCUGCCCCAUACAUGGGUUUCUGUGAUGGAGAAAAUGACGGCCAUGGGGAAGUAGCAUCUUUUCCUGGGCCGUUGAAAGAAGAGAAUCUGUUAAAUGUUCCGAAGCCACUGCCUAAGCAGCUGUGGGAGACCAAGGAGAUCCAGUCUCUGUCUGGACGCCCGCGAUCCUGUGAUGUUGGGGGAGGCAAUGCUUUCCCACAUAACGGCCAAAACAUAGGCCUCUCUCCGUUCCUGGGGACCCUGAACACCGGAGGGUCAUUGCCUGACCUAACCAACCUCCACUACUCGGCACCCCUGCCAGCCUCCCUGGACACCAGCGACCACCUCUUUGGUAGCAUGAGUGUGGGGAACAGCGUGGGCAACCUUCCAGCUGCUAUGACUCACCUGGGCAUAAGGAACUCCUCCGGUCUGCAGAGUUCUCGAAGCAAUCCUUCCAUUCAAGCCACACUCAAUAAGAUGACGCUGUCCUCAUCCCUCAAUAACCACCCACAGACAUCUGCAGCCAAUGCGUCCACUCUUCACCCCUCGCUCCGACUCUUCUCCCUCAGCAACCCCUCGCUUUCCACCACAAACAUGAGCGGCCCUUCUCGGCGAAGGCAGCCACCAGUCAGUCCUCUCACGCUCUCUCCUGGCCCGGAAGCACAUCAAGGUUUCGGCAGACAGCUUUCUUCUACCAGCCCACUGAACCCCUAUCCUGCCUCCCAGAUGGUGUCCUCAGAGCAAAGCCUUUCCUUCCUGCCCACAGAAGCUCAAGCCCAACUGUCCCCACCGCCCCCUUACCCCACAUCCCAGGAGAUGCCUCAACCCCUCCUGCAGCAGCCCCAUGCCCAGGAGCCCCCUGCUCCUCAGCCUCAGGCAGCCCCCUCCCUGCCACAGUCAGACUUCCAGCUCCUCACUGCCCAGGACUCAUCUCUGACCAACUUCUUUCCAGAUGUGGGCUUUGACCAACAGCCCAUGAGACCCAGCCCUGCCUUUCCUCAACAGGUGCCUUUGGUGCAGCAGAGCCACCGGGAACCACAGGACUCGUUUCCUUUGAGACCAAACCCGUAUUCCAACUGUGGAAACUUCCCAGACGCCAUCCUGACAGAAGAUCCAAGCACCAACCUGUUCAAAGGCCUUAGUGGGGGGCUGUCGGGCAUGCCUGAGGUCGGCCUGGACAUGGACACUCCGUUUCCAUUGGAAGAGGAGCUACAGAUCGAACCCUUGAGCCUGGACGGACUCAACAUGUUAAGUGACUCCAGCAUGGGCCUGCUGGACCCCUCUGUGGAGGAGACAUUUCGAGCUGACCGGCUCUGAGUAGAACACGGUGGAGCAGGGGGACUGAAAUAGUCAGAGCAGAGCCAAAAAUGGAGCCAGCAGACAUCCCGACAUCAGCCAUCUGUCCCAGGCUCUCCCCUGAAGUCCUAGCUCAGAGGUCAUGGCUUUUCUAGGCACAGCUGCAUCCUGCCUCUCCGGCCUGUGGCACCGUUGUACUGCCACAGGCCGGCUGCUGUGGAGCUUCUGAUGACUGAGGUCACCGUGUCACCCUUCAUUCUUUGCUGGCGUCUAGUCAGCGUGUAAACAUAGAAAGUGCUGUGGGACAGGUGCUUCCGUAGCACCACCAGAGCUCCGACCCGCACAUCCCAGUCAGCACCUAAGAGGGGCCACAGGCCCGUGGAGUUGGUUCAGCACCACACAACGGUACCGGAGCACCAUGAUGCCUUUCUGUCUGGCCGCCAAGGCCAGGCACCCUCCGGCUGGUGGAUAUUCUGGGCCAUUGCUCUGCCAGGUGGUGUAAUGAAGAGGACGACGCCUACCCACCCGUCCCAGGGCAGGCUGUUGUUAGCAGGCCCAGCUCAGCUUGCUCCCUCCCAGUCCGGUACCUCUUUGCUGCUGCUUCCCUGUGCGUGCACAGGAGAAGAGGGAGUGAAAAGAGUCCCUGGAACCAGGAUGAGCCUAAAGAGGGCAGUGCUCCUUUUAGGAGGCGGUGGGCAUGUCCCCUGCACAAGGUGUUCUGCAUCUUAGGCCGGCCACCCUGAAGCCCCACUGGGCAGAGCUGCUGGGACUCCUGUCAGUGCGUAGCAGCUGAACGGCCCCUUCCCUCCCCAGCUCUCUCUGUGUAAUGCAAUCCUACUAGACUGUAAGCUCCAUGAGGGCAGGAGCUGUGCCUUGUUCCUUACUGAACCCCUAGUGCCUGACGGGACUGAGGGCUGUGUGACUGGGUGUGGCACCCGGUCGUGGAUGAUUGACUAGAUACGCCGCCCGCGGUAGGGCGGACUGACCUGUAGCUGUCGCUAGUCCCUGCUUGAGCUCAGAGCUUCAGCCUUCUCUCACUGGUGCCUUCAGCUCACACUCACUUGGAUAUGCCUUACCACACUGGAUGACCAGCUCCGUCACUAGGCGCAGCAGCCAUCCUCCUCGGGAUCACAUCCCUCAGCAGCUAGGCGGGAAUCAUCCAGAAUGGCUGGGCACACCAGAGCCCCUAAGUGUGGGACACCCAGGAUCUUCACUAGGCCCCCAGUGUAGAACCUUUCUACUCAGACCCAUGCUUUUCAUUCUAAAUUGCCUAAAAUAGAGGUGCAUAGUAAAUGAGACUGGAUUCAUGGGACUUUCGUGAUGCAUUAACACCUUAUCGCCCAAUAAUCUGACCAGAUUCCACCACUACUGCCUCCUAACCCUGAGUGGGGAAGUGGUGGUGCCCAUGUAGCCUUCAGGGGAAGAGAUGACGGGGGCAGGGCUAAAGAAGAGUCUUUGCUCAGACAGCUGCUACCCUCCCUGAAGGCCGGCAUAGCCCAGGCUCAUUGCCUUUCCACCCAGGCCAGCAAGGAUGAAGUAGAAGAAAGCCAGCACAUCUGUGCCUGUGGCGAGCAGAGCCUGUGCACAGGACUCUGGCUCCCACACCUCCCUGCAUCUCGUCAGCAUCUUCUCUUAGGCCUUCUCCAUGAUCCUUCAAACAGCCCUGAUGGUGCCGUACUCCACCUUCCUCUAGGACCCAAGCAUUGUGUGUUCCCAUUUAGCUCCAGCUCUGCUGUCUCUGUCCAGCUCCACCCCCAGAAGAUGCCCCUGGCCUCUGCUGAGCCCUGUUCACAGUGGAACUCUCAUAUGCUUUAUGCCUGAGAUCAGAGAGGAGCGACUUUAGUUUAAGUGGAAGCUUUUCACUCUUCAAGCUGCCCUGCACCCCACCACGCCCACUGAAGCCAGCUCUCCUGUCAGAGGCCCCACCACGCCCACUGAAGCCAGCUCCUCUGUUCGAGGUCCCACCGUGUGCACUGAAACCAGCUCCUCUGUUCGAGAUCCCACCGUGCCCACGGAAGCCAACUCCUCUGUCAGAGGUCCCACUGUGCCCACGGAAGCCAGCUCCUCUCUCAGAGGUCCCUGAAAUCAGAUCUCAGGCUUUGGGCAGGGAUCGGUGCUGAUGUAAGAGUUUAGAGAAGGGGGUCCCAGCACAAUCUGCUCUCUGCAUCGUGCCUUAUCCAUGGGAUUAUUACAUCAGGAGAAGACCGCCUUGUAAUGGGAGACCCCAAGACCCCAUACCCUGAAUUACCCUGCCCCUGGGAUAUUCUCCAGCUGAUGGGAUAGUACUGGCUAUGGGGGAAAUAGAUAAAAAGUUUAAAAAAAAAAAAGACAAUACAGUGUAGCACUGAAUUAAAUCUGCUGUUAGGUCCACCAACCCGAUCUUCUCGUGGGAAAAACUUUAAACCACUGGAGAGCCCACCCUGUCUAGGCGGUGUUGAGGACACCAGGAGACCUUGUCGCCCUACCCUAGCUUUGUAAGCCUGCAUACACUCGCUGCUGCCCUAGGCCUCGGCACUGAAGUGGCUACAGGCGUCCCCAGCCCUACCUGUCCAUGUUUUCACCUGGUCACGGCUAUACUCGUUCUUCUAGCAGUGUGGCGGUCGUGGGGUAUAGGAUGUGAGCAUGAGGAGAAAUGCUUGGAUCCCACUCCAAAUCAGUUCUCCUUUGCCCUGCUCCCUCUCCUAAGUCUACUGUAUCCUUGGAGCUGAAGAGUGGUGUAUUCAUGCUCGUGCACGUAUCUGAAGACAUUUCCUGUUGGGACUCUCCAGGGCUCUUGUGAUUUAUACACAGAUGGUUCCCAGCGUUUCCACUGCUCCAGGAUGGGGCCAUCCCAGCAACUAAUCGGACUUCCUGCCAAUGUCCUAACUCCCGGCCCUUUGUUAAGCAAUAUUGACAGAUUGGACUUUGUAUAAAGUAGCUUCCAAGUUUUAUAAUGCAUCAUUUUACAUCUUUCGUAAUUAAAAGCAGCACAAUAUGGUUGUA